AAAAUUUUUUACAUUUAAGCUAUUACUAGAAUGUUGGGAAAUUUGCGAUAGCUCAUCUGCAGAUGUCGAGGUUGACCCGCGCAACUAUGGAUUAUCAGGCAAGAAAUCGACGUUGAUUCAUUGCAGCAAUCCGACCGUUAUGAUACGUUAAGCAAGAUCAGCAAGCAGAUUCUCAAGGACUUUCGCGCAGGCCAAGAUGCACUGUUGGAAAGCUUGGACUCCCUAAAGACUUCGCUCAUGAACAGACAGAACAACUCAGAGUCGUUGAUUGUUGAACCAGGUGGUCGAAUCAUCACAUCCACCGAACGACACAUGGAAAUACCGUCUCACUCUCAACAGCACCUUCACGACGGAGACCAGCUUCAACGGAGACACCAAGUCACGCGAGCAGACUAUACACUUGUUGAGAAGGCGAUUCUGAAGAGCUUUUGCUUUGAAGGUAUUCAUGACCGUCACGAAUCUAUCGUCACGGCACAUGAGAACACGUUCGCUUGGAUCUUCGAAGACCCUGCGAUCCACAAUCGACCAUGGGAUAGCUUUAACCCCAUGUUGAAGGAACAACUGUUCCGUCAAAUUCUCGCAACAAUAGCUAUCGAUGUUGACUUUUUCUUCUUUAUCGAUGGGCUGGAUGAAUUUGACGGUGAUCACACAGAGAUCGCGGACUUCUUCAAUGAGCUUUCCCUGAUUCCUAAAGCCAGCGUCGACUCUUUACAAGCGCUGGGGAAGGAGUUGGCCAGCAUCUACCUCAAAAUCGGCCACGUAGAAGAAAGGAAUCUAGAAAUAAAAAGUCUCACUUGAAAUAGUGGAGCCUACGAAUGAAUUGAAUGGAGACUUUCAAUAAUGCUAAAUUCACUUUUCAUGGAAAGUCUAUAUGAUAUUUGUUUUAUGCGAAGCUGGAC